UUUUGUAGCUAACUGGAAAAUGGGGUCGAGACUCGAGGCAACACAGAUAGAGUCUGUGAGUUGAAAGGUGUCGACUGGCGAGGUGAUUUAAUUUUUUCUCCCUCGUACCCAAAGUAUUGAAGAAAUUUAAAUAUUUUUUCGUAAUUAAACCAGGGAUUUGAAGUCGUUUUUUAAAGUUAAGCUAUUUUCACGUGCUGUCCGAAGCGUCGGUAAAAAUGGACGCGGAGCCUAUUUCGGUCACGAUGGACUCGGGCACUGAUACUCCGAUUGCCUUCCCAGUAGUUUUAAAGAAAAUCAUGGAAAUUCCUCCACCGAAUCUUCUGGAAGGCGAUGAUGGCGAUAAUGAUAAAGAGAAACUAUUUGAGGAUGUGGACUCUGGAGGGGUCAGUGGAAUGGGACCAUCAGCCGCCUUAACGCCUGCCAUCUGGGAGAAGACCAUUCCCUAUAAUGGCGAAACCUUCCACCUGGAAUACAUGGAUCUGGAGGAAUUUCUCAUGGAGAAUGGCAUUUCUGCUUCAGAAGACGAGGGUCAGCAAAAGAGUCUUGGGAAGGAAAACUUACUCCUGACAACUGAAAAACCAACCACAACCUCUACAAGCGAAACAGACCCAGCAAUCUCUCUUAUGCCAGUCAUGGAACUGGAUCAAUGUGAGGAGGAAGUGGUCACAUUCACGACAUCCAGUUCUAGCUCAACAGACACAAAAUCAGAUGAGGACCGUGUGACACCAGAGCCUAUUGAUCCAGAGGAUAUCGAGGUAGAGAUCAACUUCGAGCCGGAUCCCACAGACCUUGUGCUCUCCAGCAUACCCGGAGGAGAACUGUUUAAUCCCCGCAAACAUCGCUUCUCCGAGGAGGAGCUGAAGCCUCAGCCUAUGAUCAAGAAAGCAAAGAAAAUAUAUGUGCCCGAGGAGAAGAAGGACGACAAAUACUGGCAGCGGAGGAAGAAGAACAAUAUUGCAGCCAAACGCUCACGAGAUGCCAGGCGGCUUAAAGAGAAUCAGAUCACAGUACGAGCAGCCUUCCUGGAGCGAGAGAACUCGGUGUUGCGGCAGGAAGUGGCAGAGUUACGCAAGGACUUCGGGCGCUGCAAGAACGUGGUGGCACGCUAUGAAGCCAAAUACGGGCAACUUGGACCAGCUGAAGACCUCUAAACAAUUAUUGAUUUAGUUGCAUUGUCGAAAGGCAAUAAAUUAAUAAUGGUAUGGAAUGAAGAGGAGAAGACAGAAGAUAAGUGAAUCAAUAAUUCAGACUGUAAAGCUAAGUGAUAUUCAUAUGAUUAUGAAUCCUGUCAGCCGCUCUUAUCAAUAUAAUAAUCUUAUAUUCAGUGCAACAGCAUACCCAAUAUUUCCAAUAGAGCUUUUGGGUGCUUUUUUUUUUUUGUAAUGCAUUGCGUUGUUGAAAAGGUCUUUCCCCCUACCUUUUCUCGUUUUAUGGUAGUUUUAACUCAAGGAAUAAUGUGCGUUGGAAGUCACUGGUCUUUAUUCAUAAAGAAUGACUGGCAUUGACUUUAGUAUACUUGUUUAUCCCUGAAAAAAUUUAAUUGAUUCUAAGAAUUCAUUUAACAAAUUUGGUGCAUUUUACCACUAUAUGUGCAUUUUUAUCUGCAAAAGAAUUAAAAUGCUAUUCUUGAAAAAGGGGGAGAAUGUAUCACUUCAAAAGUAUGUAUUUACAAGUAACUGAGAAAAAAAAAAACACAUUAAGCAGGUAAUGUACAUUUAUCAUGUUUUUGUGCUUCAAAAAAACAAAAACCCUGUUAAAUGUUUGUGUGUCAGCAAGUGCUAGAAUUCAUCAAAAAACGUACUGGAAAUAUGUGCACUGCACUGUUGUAUAUCUGCAAAACUUGACAAUUUUACAGUAGAUGGAGUCUUUCAUUAUAACUGUUAGAUCUCCUAAACCACACCUUGUUUACUGGUUCACCCUUUCUGGGACUCAUGGAGGUCAGUUUAUGGACAGAAAUAACCCUCUGCACAUGUGACGGAUCUUGUUUCUGUUUGGAACUCAGCAAAACAAAUGAAGUGCUGAUAUAGUAAGGUUUUUUUUCCAUAUGUAUCAUAUGAUGUAUAUUUUUUUAGAUAACUUCAAAUGUUUUCCAGAAAAUGGCUUCGCAGUGUGAACCACACCGUUCUUAGCUCAGUCAACAAGGAUCCACAAGUGUCUUCAGCGGAGUGCCUGUAAAGCACGCUAAAAUUACACAUCAGAAACCAAACUCAAACCUCUUGAAAGGGCAUCAGCCCCCUGCUCUCUGCUGUCCUACUUUUUCAGGUACAUAUUUUGUGCAACUCUUUCUCUCUGAAACACUUAGGGUUGCGUUCUUCCUAGUAAAUGCGCUUGGCUAUGUCACAUGUUCAUGUUUACACAAUUCAUUUGUAAAAACGGAUUGUGGGUAAUUAGAGGACCUGUAGUAUAAACUUGAUGCAUCCUUCAAACUGAGCUGAAUGAAGGACGCGAAACGACGGCUGCCUUCUAAAGGCCUUUGCACACUGAGUCUGAAAUUCGCGUCCAAAAUGUUCGUACGUUAAAAUAAAAAUACGACCUCACAGCCUCUGAAACUUUCGACCGUAAUAAAAAAAAAUCAGAUUGGGUUCGGUUUUCUGAAUCCAUAGCAAGCAGUUUGAAUCGUGUUUUGACAAUUCACAGCCUACGAAUCGCGAAUAAGAAAAAACGCACGACAGCCGGGAUAUGCAGCCUUCCGAUUGAGAAGCAUCCAUAAUAUCACCAGGGAAAGAAAAUGGAGAUAACGGUUUCAUAUGCGGGCAAUAUCUUUUGCUCUCGCUUAUUGUUGUGAAGUGGAAAUUAGGCAGAUGUUUAUUACCAAGUUUAAUUUUGCAUUACGUGUGACCACCUCUGUCGUUUUUCAUGAUUUGUGGAAAGGGAAUCUGAUGUGUAAUGUAAUCCUGACCAAAGUUAACUUUGAUCAAAAACGCUGAAGAUAACAUUUUCUGUAGCUUAUGUGACUCCAUUUCAAUCGGGUGUUUAAACUUUCUCAUAUCUGUGGUCUGUAGACACUCUUUAAUGUUUACGGUUUGUCAUUUCUCCUUGAGCUUCCUUUCUGAUGAGUGUGAAACGAGGAACAACAAUAAAAUAAAAUGAGGCUUAAUGGCUGUUCUGAAAGGAAUAGUGACUGCCUGUCAUUAAGCAUUUCUUCUAAUCAACUAGAAAAGAACUCGGUUGCAUAUGUGAGAUGCCAACUUUGUUGGAGUUACAAAUCUUUAUUUUGUCAGAUUUGAAUGGUUUUCUAAUUGUUAUUGGUCUUUGUGUUUUUGAGGAAAGAAAUUUCUUUGUAAGUCUUUUAAACAUUUUUUUGACUUGUAAAUGUUUUCUUUGUGUCUUGUCUGUUUCGUGUUGUACAUAUUAUUAAAGAACUCAAAAAUUGUCUUA